UGCUGAUGCUGAACGGGCCAAGCUGGGAAGAAAGAAGAAAGGGAGGGGAGGGGAGAAUCGAGGACGGCCGGCCUAACCAGGCCAAGAAUGCAGUUGCCCCGGUGGUGCGAGCUGGGCGACCCUUGUGCUUGGACAGGACAGGGUCGGGGGACACGCAGGAUGAGCCCCGCGACCACUGGCACCUUCUUGCUGACAGCUUUUUUAUUAAGCUGUGCUGGUGGCAUAAAUGGAACAGUUAACUGGAAGACCAACAGUUUUAUUAUCAGCAGAAAAAUGGCUGCUGGGAAGAAAGAUGUGUACACUAUUUUCUCGAAGGUGCACUCUGAUCGGGAUGUAUACCCAUCUGCUGGUGUCCUCUUUGUUCAUGUUUUGGAAAGAGAAUCUUUUAAGGGGGAAUUUCCACCUUACCCCAAACCUGGCGAGAUUAGUAAUGAUCCUAUAACAUUUAACACAAAUUUAAUGGGUUAUCCAGACCGACCUGGAUGGCUUCGCUAUAUCCAAAGGACACCUUACAGUGAUGGAGUCCUGUAUGGAUCUCCAACAGCUGAAAGUGUGGGGAAACCAACAAUCAUUGAGAUAACUGCCUACAAUAGGCGUACCUUUGAGACUGCAAGGCAUAAUUUGAUAAUUAAUAUAAUGUCAGCAGAAGACUUCCCAUUACCAUAUCAAGCAGAAUUCUUCAUUAAAAAUAUGAAUGUAGAAGAAAUGUUGGCCAGCGAGGUUCUUGGAGACUUUCUGGGGGCCGUGAAAAAUGUGUGGCAGCCAGAGCGUCUGAACGCCAUAAACAUCACAUCGGCCCUGGAUAGGGGCGGCAGGGUUCCGCUUCCCAUUAAUGACAUGAAGGAGGGCGUUUAUGUCAUGGUUGGUGCAGAUGUCCCAUUUUCAUCUUGUUUACGAGAAGUUGAAAAUCCACAGAAUCAAUUGAGAUGCAGUCAAGAAAUGGAGCCUGUAAUAACAUGUGAUAAAAAGUUCCGUACUCAAUUUUACAUUGACUGGUGCAAAAUUUCACUGGUUGAUAAAACAAAGCAAGUGUCCACCUAUCAGGAAGUGAUUCGUGGAGAGGGGAUUUUACCUGAUGGUGGAGAGUACAAACCCCCUUCCGAUUCUUUGAAAAGCAGAGACUAUUACACGGAUUUCCUAAUUACACUGGCUGUGCCCUCGGCAGUAGCAUUGGUCCUUUUUCUAAUACUUGCUUAUAUCAUGUGCUGCCGACGGGAAGGCGUGGAAAAGAGAAACAUGCAAACACCAGACAUCCAACUGGUCCAUCAUAGUGCUAUUCAGAAAUCUACCAAAGAACUUCGUGACAUGUCCAAGAAUAGAGAGAUAGCAUGGCCCUUGUCAACGCUUCCUGUGUUUCACCCUGUAACUGGGGAACUCAUACCUCCUCUCAACGCAGACAAUUAUGAGAGCACUAAUAUGCCAUUGAUGCAAACACAGCAGAACUUGCCACAUCAGACUCAGAUUCCCCAACAGCAGACUACAGGAGAUUUUCGUUUGACAACUUUUCAAAGAUUUGAGGCAAGUAUAAUGAAGUUGUUCAUCAGAUUUUAAUUACGAGAUAAUGUUUAUCAGAAUUUUCCCCCACAAUUUUGAUUGCUUGUUUUAAUUAAAUGCUAACAUGUUUCAACAAGACUGUUCAAUAUAUUGAUGUAAGCAUUCAGGAGAUUGAUGAAGGAACAAACUUUAUUAUAAAUAUGUGUUAUCUAAAGAGCAAAGAAAUAAAUGAAUCUCUACUACCUUCAUGGCUUUUUUUUAAAAAACAGGAAAAGUUUUUAAAGAAUAUUUCUACAAUGGAAUUGCUAAAACGUCUUCCUCAUUAACGUCAUAGACUUCCAUGUCUUCUAAGAUGUCUUUCCUCUGAUUAAUAAUUAUUUCAGGCAAGGAGUAAAUAGAUGGGAGACAAUUUCUAGAAAAAUAGUAAAAAAAAUUUUUUUUGAGUAUUUUAAAAAUCCAAUCCAGAUUUUACUUGGAAACCUAAGUAGAUAACAUUAGGGAGAUUUAUUUCAUUUGUAUAGAUUUUUAGCAAGUAGACCUGUUAGUGUGCUUCAUUUUAGUAAUAGGCAGCAUUUUCAAAUAUAAGGACAAUUUAUGCCUGAGCAAAUGUGAUAAGAGCCAGAGAAUUUCCCUUAGGGGGCUUUUAGGUUGUUCAACCUAAUUUUCUAAAUUAUUCUUCUAAAACAGGUUUUGGGGAGUAGGCAUUUUGCUUACAUCAUGAAAGCUUUGGUCUCCUUUUUAGUUAACACUAUAGCCUAUUACCUUCUUGUUUUCUUACAUUUUUCUGUAAUUUUGAGCAUAUUAUUGACUAAAGUAUACUAUUUCCUCU